AUGAAACGGAUCUUGUUGAAGGUGACUAAAUCAACAGUGUUGACUUUUGAAGAGCUUACUACGCUGGUGACACAGAUUGAAGCAGUUUUGAAUUCAAGACCACUGUGUCCUCUUUCUGCCGAUCCAGCUGAUAUUCAACCUUUGACACCUGGCCAUUUUUUGGUGGGAGCACCACUGUUGUCAAUACCAGAACCCAGUGAUUCCUUGACUAACAUUUCUUUAUCUUCUAGAUGGUCUCUCAUCCAGUCUCUUAGAUCCAAAUUUUGGAAAAGAUGGAGCCAAGAAUAUCUCAACUCCUUGCAGUCUCGAGCUAAAUGGAAACUACCUCAACUGAACAUCAAACCCGGACAGCUGGUACUCCUGAAGGAUAAUAGCAAGAGCCCCAUGGAAUGGAACUUGGCCCGAAUUGAAAAGACAUAUCCAGGAACAGAUGGACUAGUCCGUGUCGCAGGCAUCAGAACCCCUAAAGGAAUUUUUCGGCGAAGUAUCAACAGACUCUGUCCACUCCCUUUCGUAGAAGGUGUUGGACAACUGUCCAACGGGGGCCGGGAUGUUCCGUCAUAG